CUCUCUCUCUCUGUGCAAAUGGCUUCCAUUUUCUCUCAAAACCGCUAGUUUAAUUAUAACUGCAAAAGCUUUCCAAUUCUCUCUCUCUCUCUCUCAUGUCUUCGAACAAGAAAAACCUCCUUAGAACCAUUUUUACAUCAAAUGCAGGGUGUGGGUGUAGCAGGACAAAACCCGCAGAUGUAUUUCAGCCAACGGCGAAGCCAAAAAUCAUCGCCGACGAAAACCCAAAUCCCUCCGGCUCCUCCUCAAGCUCCUGCGACAGGAAUGGCGGCCUCUCAAUCGACGAAGAAGAUUUCACAUCCACCACAAUCUCCGAAUCCGAAACCGACCCCAAGAGCUCAAAGAUUCCCACGCCGUGCCAGAAAAUCAGCGACAGCAUCGCCGUGGAGAAGGAUUCGAGUGACCCUUAUCGAGAUUUCCGGCAGUCGAUGCUUCAGAUGAUAUUAGAGAAAGAGAUUUACUCGAAAGACGAUCUCCGGGAGCUUCUUGAUUGCUUUCUCCGGCUGAAUUCGCCUUGCCACCAUGACGUCAUCAUUAAGGCUUUCAAGGAGAUCUGGGAUGAGGUUCUCUCUGAUAGGCUGAUUCUGCUACAGAAACCGUCAAAACCAUGUGAAUCCUAGCUGUGGCAGACUGGCACGUGUGAGAGCGAUGGGAGGUCAUUGAAUUCGCACGUGCAAGGAAGCUGCAUGGGAAGGUAACCACUUCAUUUAAUUUAGUCAUCAAUAGAGAUGGGAUUUGAUCAAAUUUAAAGCAUAUAUGGUAGCUAGCAGAUGAACGAUGUGUCUGCCUAGAAGGGAUAAUCUUUUUUUUUUUUCUCUUUAAUUUUUUUUUAUAUAUAUAUAAUGUUUUUUUGGUCUGUAAUCUGUAUCAUUUUAUGUCAUACAAAUUCCUACAUGAGCAUGCAUUAAGUAGUACUGAAGUGUGUAGUUUUAAUGAGUUAGUG